AUGUGUGAUAAAAAAAAUAUUCAAUACUUUAAAGAUAUAAUUUCAAUACCAACAAUAGUAAAUUCAUCUUUUACCAAUAUCAAUAUUAAUAGUAAUAAUAUAUCAAUUUCAAUUACACUCUCACAAACUGAUAUUAAAAAUAAAAAAAAUAAAUUAUAUAAUUUAGAUAAAGUAAUAUUAGAAAAUGACAGUAUAUGGUCAACUCCAUUUUUAAAGGAAGCUUCUACUUUACUUAACUCUGUUUCACCUUCAUUUAGAAAACAAAUAACCAUUAAAGAAACAACACCUAAUGAAUAUAUAUUUGAUAUUCUUGAUAAUGAUCAAACAAUAAUUUCAUCAUUUAAAUCAAAUAAUCAAAUUAAAAGAAUAUUAAUAGAUGAUUGGUUUGGGAAUUUAUCAUGGUCACCAAGUGAAGAUUAUAUAGUAUUUGUUGGUGAAUUAAAUAAAAAUAAUAACAACCUUGGUUUUUUUAAUAAAGAUUCUGGAAUCGAUUUAAAUAACACAUCAAUAGGAGACCAAUACUUAUAUAGAGAAAGUUGGGGUGAAACUUAUUCAAAUGUUUAUAAUCCUACACUAUUUAUCAUAGAUAUAAAGAAUGAAACUGUUUUUCCAUUAGAAACAUUUCCAAAUGACAAAAUUACACCUGGGCAACCAAUAUGGACACCAUGUGGAUGUGGAAUUAUAUUUGUGGGAUGGGAAAUUGAUAAAAGAAAAUUUGGUUUAAGAUUAUGUUUUAAUCGUAAAAGCUCUUUGUACCAUAUCGAUUUUAAUUUAUAUAAAAACAAUAAAAACCAGUUAAUAAAAGAAAAUCAACAGCAACAGCAACAGCAACAGAAAGAACAACAAUCAUCCCUAAUAAUUACACCGUCCCCACUCAUAAUUGAAAAUUUAAUCAAAGAACUGGGUAGUUAUCGAUCGCCAAGAUUCUCUCCUGAUGGAAAUAAUUUAGUAUUUCUUGGUUUUGAUGAAGUUAUUUAUAAUCAUAAUUCCUGUAGCAAAAUAUUUAGAAUUCCAUGGGACAAAAGAGUAGAGCAAAAAAAGACCAUUGUGGAAACACUCUUUAUAUAUAGAAAUUUCAAUGAUGAAUUUCCAGGCAUCUAUUGUUCAAGUUUACCAUUAUCACCAUUCAUAAAUAACAAUACUAUAGUGUUCUCAGAUUCAGUAAGAUCAAUUAGAAAAUUAUUAUCAUUCAAUAUUGAUACCAAACAAAUCCACAUAAUAAAUACCAAUGGUAUUAUAGACUCUAAAGAAACUCCUUGUAAUUACUUUGUAUAUCAAGUCAACUCAUUGAAGAAAAUUGCACUAUGUCGAAUUUCAUCGCCUAACCAACCUCCAUCUAUCAAUGUUUUAAAAUUCAACGAAGAAGGAUUAGAAAUAACCAAACAUCUAGUAGUUUAUAAACCUAAGCAAAGUGAUCAACAUGCCAAUAUGUUUUCAAGCUUUAAAUAUUCAAUUCACAAUGUACCAACACUAUUAAACGCCCAAUCACUAAAAUCAUUUGAAAUGAUUUAUUUAAAGAAUACAAGUAAAGGAAAGAAACCAACUAUUAUUUUCAUCCAUGGAGGUUUUCAAAUGAGCGUCGAUUUAGAGUAUUCGUUUAGUUUUGCAUAUUUGGUGUCAUUAGGUUAUAAUAUAAUAAUACCAAACUAUCGUGGAUCCACAGGUUUUGGAAGAGACUUUUUAAACAGUUUAGUAGGACAAAUUUCCCAAAUGGAUGUGGAUGAUUGUAUUCAAGCUUUAUCAUAUAGCUGUGAAAAAGUUGACCCAGAAGGAAUCGACCCAGAUAAACUAUGUGCAAUAGGAGGAAGUCAUGGAGGAUCGAUAGGUGCCAUUUUAGCAGCGUUACCAGGCUUUGCAAAUAUUAAAACGGUAAUAUUAAGAAACCCAGUCAUAGACCAAGCAGCACAGGCAAUGGUUACAGAUAUACCAGAUUGGUCAAUGUUCAAGUGUGGUAUUUCAAUUGAUGAAAAUAAAAAGUCAUACAAUACAGCUCCAACAAUAAAAGAAAUUGAAAUAAUGAAAAACCUAUCUCCAAUCAAAUACAUUCAAGAUAUCAAUAUACCUGUAUUGCUUUUAUUAGGAGAAAACGAUCUAAGAGUCCCACCAAAAACCCAAGGCUUGUUACUAUACAACUCCCUAAAGGAGAGAGAUCAAAUUGUUAAAUGUUUAAUGUAUCCAUCAAACGGCCAUGCUUUAGAAUCUAUUGAGGCAAAGUUAGAUCAAUGGAUAAAUAUUUCAAAUUGGUUAAAUAAAUAUUUAUAA